AUCAUGACGUCUUGUUAACAUGUGUCACAUGACACAUGAUGCCGGGCGUCUGUGUUGCUCUUAAGUGAGCGGCCAACUUCACAGGGGGGACAGAGAGGUUUCCUCCCUCCUCUGGAUCCACAUCCAUGCCAAUCCAGCAGGUCAACUUUUGUUCUCCACACUGCCUCCUAUGCCUCUGACACCUCCAGCGGAGCCUGACCCGGAACCAAAAAUGAACUGGGCAUCUUUUUAUGCUGUCGUUAGCGGCGUUAACAGACACUCCACUGGGAUCGGCCGCAUCUGGCUCUCUGUCUUGUUCAUCUUCCGCAUCCUGGUCCUGGUGGUUGCGGCUGAGACCGUGUGGGGGGACGAGAAGUCCGGCUUCACUUGCAACACCCAGCAGCCUGGCUGCAACAGUGUCUGCUAUGACCACUUCUUCCCCAUCUCCCACAUCCGCCUGUGGGCCCUCCAGCUCAUUCUGGUUUCCACCCCGGCCCUGCUGGUGGCCAUGCACGUGGCCCACCGCCGACACGUCGACAAAAGGCUCUACAAACUGUCAGGGCGAACCAAUCCCAAAGACCUGGAGCAGAUAAAGACCCAGAAGAUGAAAAUCACAGGGGCUCUGUGGUGGACUUAUGUCAUCAGCCUGUUGUUCCGUAUUGUCUUUGAGGUCAUUUUUAUGUUUCUGUUUUACAUGAUUUAUCCCGGUUACAAGAUGAUCCGGUUGGUGAAGUGUGACUCGUACCCGUGCCCCAACACGGUGGACUGUUUUGUAUCGAGGCCCACAGAGAAAACGGUCUUCACCGUCUUCAUGCUGGCCGUGUCUGGGGUUUGUAUCCUGCUCAACAUUGCAGAAGUGGCAUUCCUAGUAGGGAAAGCCUGUGGUAAGCAUCUGCACAGUGCUGGAGACUCAACUAUGGGAGCUUGGAUACAACAUAAACUUCGUUCAUUCUAACCAGUGCACACUUAGUUUAAAACUGGUGAGAAUUAAAGGGAUAAUUUAAUGAGAAACAUCUGGUUUCAGGCUCAAAGAGGGAAAUUUAGACAAUUUAUUGUGCCAGCAAUUCAAGAGUUCAAAGAUAUCCUGUCACAAAUAAUAAUAAUAAUUAACAGUUGUAAAGAUGGGCCUGCAUCAUGGUCGGUAUCAUUAUUAAUGUUAUUUAUUAAAUUAUUUAUUGGAAUCUGUAUUAAUUUUAAUAGGGAAAAUAUCUGACUAUGACUUGAACAUAACAUGUUAAGAAUUACACCUUUUGUGUUGGAGAAAAAUAAUGACUUUAACCAUUGUUUGCACUAAAGUGACUUUCAAUGCUGUUCACAUUUCUGAAUAAAAUAAGCAGGUAAUUUGAAAUGCCUUGCUGCUGAAAUGUGCUAUACAAAUAAAAUUUGAUUGAAUAAUGAGAAGAAAUACACUUGAAUAGCAAAUUUUUGCUCUGAUGUUUAUUGCAGACUGCUAAACCCAGAAUUCAAAUGUAAUGGGUUUUUUUUCUUCUUCUUCUUUGUUGUCACUGGCCAGGCACAACAGAAUAAAUUCAAAGUGUGUACUUGUGUUAUUA